AGGAAUGAUGACAGUCAAGUUAUGCUGUUUGGUUUGGAUUGUAAUUCCGAAUCUGAUGACAUUACAGUGUUCCCCACAGCAACAUUCCGACCUUCAGAAAUGCAACAUUUCCCAUGCAGCCAAUGAAACAACAGUGGACUGCUCAAGGUGUGGUUUCAACAGAGUCCCUCGAGGUUUUCCCAGAAACACAACCGAACUUAACCUAGGUAACAACAACUUAUCAAGCCUCCGGAACGGAUCACUGCCCUACCUUCCCUCAUUACAUACGCUGCUUGUGAAUGAUAACAACAUAGAGUUUCUGGAGGAAGGUGCUCUGCAAAACUUGCCUGCCCUUCAACGACUCAACUUAGAUGGGAAUAGAUUUAACUUUACCUAUUCCUCUCUUCCUCUUGGGACAUUUCAAAACCUGACAUCCCUGACAACACUCCGUGUGAGCAGAAUGAAGAUGCAGUUUUCAUCAUUGAAAUAUCCUGACGCUACAUUUGCUGAUCUUCACUAUCUCGAGUCACUGGUUAUUGAUGGGGCUGGAGAACCCGUGUUUGGACCUGGCUUUGCACAAAUGAAGAGGCUGAAGAGUCUCACUUUUGGAUCACCUGUCCUUAUAAGACGUUUAGGGAAUAGCUCCUUUGUGAAUUUCAGGGAAGCACCUAUAAGCAACCUAACAUUGUCAGUGUGUAUAAAUCUUAUAUUUCUGGGAGACAAUGUCUUCUCUCCUUUUUCUGAACUUAGAUUCUUGCUUGCCAGAGACACCGCACCCUUUGGACUAUAUCAGUCUUUAUUAAGCCUAAAAGGACUAAGUGGAAGGAAUAUGACCGAAAUAGACUUUUCACAUGUGCACAGAUAUGAUGUUACUGUCAAAGGUGUACUAAACAAUCAAACACUCAUGCUCACGUCUGAAAUGACCCGUUACCUUGUAACCAUAUGUGUUGAGCGACUGAUUCUUAGAGAAAAUAACAUAGUUGUGAUUGAAAGUAGUGCGCUAUUACAGGAACCUUUUCAAAGCUGUCUAAGAUAUAUUGACCUCAGACAAAAUGCUGUAGCUGGUGAGCCCCAGUGGCUGUUUCUUCUCCCUGAACUUGUUAACCUUGUUGUACUGGAUGUGUCAAAGCAGGUAUAUCAUUUGUAUCUAGGUGAUGGGCAGGAUAAAAGUUCCAAAGACAUGCUUGGGAAAUCAUGGGGAAACGUGACAUUCUAUCUUCCUCCGUUAUUGGAGACACUUUUAUUGAGUGGGUCAGGCGCACAUAAUAAACAGUUUAAGGGGACUAACAUAUGUUUUCAUGGAGGUGAACACUUGACAUAUUUGGAUCUUUCUUAUUCUGCCUUGAGAAUGGACUCAUGGCGUAUUUAUGGUAUGGAGCAUGUAAACUAUCUUGAUUUUACAGGGAAUUUCUUUCAAAAAAUACCGUUGACAUUUUUUCAAUCAUUCCCAAACGUCAUGAUGCUGUAUCUAAACAAUGUUCACUUUGAUACUGAUUUAAUGUCUAACAUGAGUUCCCAGACACUGUUUAGUCCGCUCAAAAACGUCCGUUCAUUAGAUAUAUCCUUUAACUCUUUAUACAAAAUGUAUACACAUAUAUUCAGGGAUCUUAAAACCUUAAAAUAUUUGAAUUUAAGCCGUAAUGUGUUUGAAGACGUCCCUAUUGAAUUGUCUGGAAUGUUAAACAUCACUCAUAUUGAUCUUUCAUUUAAUUCCAUCGGUGUUCUGAGCACAAAUACAAGAACAAUGUUAGAUGAAAGGGUAUUUGAUUCGCAGCAGAUUUCACUUGACCUUCAUGGAAACAUCUUGUCCUGUGGAUGUGCAGCCUUGGACUUUCUGACGUGGAUUAUUGACACAGAUGUCCAGUUUCGACGCUUUGACUCGUACAGUUGCCUCGACACGGAGGGUCAGCUUAUCAAACUUUCAAACAUUACUCGUUCCUUUGGGAGACACUGGAGAUAUUGCUACGCUAGAUUUUGGCUUGCCUUUUCAGUUUGUUUGAUGUGUGUUCUGAUUUCUGGUCUUGUUAUUUUUCAUUUGAUACUGAAAAAUACCAUUUCGUUAAAAUACUGGAUGUUGAGAUUAAUAGGGUUCGAUUAUUGUGUGCCAUGCAGAAAAGAUUAUCAGUAUGACAUAUUUAUUUACUAUUCUCAACAUGAUGAUUAUCAGUGGGUGUGUACCACCUUUCUACAGAAGAUGGAGGUUGAGAGAGGUCUACGACUAUGUAUUCCAGACAGAAACUUCGAAGUGGGCGUUUGCGCAGCUGAGGAAAUUAUUAACUGUAUUCACAACAGCUGGAAGACUGUCCUGUAUGUGACCGAGACUUUCCUUCAGGACGAGUUGUGUUCCUUUACACUGUCAUCUGGGAUCUAUGCAUGCAACAAUAACAUGCCUAAGAGACUUAUGCUUCUAUAUUCGAACUCCAUCUUACGUCACCCGCUCCCUCCUCUACUCACUCAGCUUCUGGAUGGAGAUGGUGUGUUUGUUCUGGAGGACUUGGAGGAAUACAACGCCUGGCAACGACUCUUUGAACAUGUUUUGAGAUGGAUCUGAACGUACGUCCUGGAUGUGGCGGGUUUUUGUCCACCUUGAUGUCAGCAUAAAUUGUACAGUUUUGAUUAGUUUGUGAAAAGUCUCUUCCCUUUUGAAUGCCAUCUCUGCUAUUUCAAAAAUAUUUUUGAUGAGCUCGAGGUUAUUAAAAAAUAAUAAAUGUAAUAUUAGCUAAGAAAAUAACAUGUAUACAAUAUACAUAAAAUACACAUUUAUAACUGUAUGAAAUGUACUUUGGGCCAUAUGACCUCACAUACUGAAUAAGGGAUGGUGGGGUAGCCUUAUGGUUAAAGCGUUCGCUCGUCACGUCACGCCGAAAACCUGGGUUCGAUUACCCACAUGUAUGUUCGUCCUUGAAUUCAUUUUGAGUGUUUCUUACCUGGGGAAUAUUGAAAAUCGAGCAACUUUUUGUACACGUUCCAUAAUUAAUACAUACCCAUAUUUUAACAUACUACACGUACAGUUUGCGCAUACUUAUGCGGGUGUAAUUAAGGUCAACAGCAUCAUAUAAAUUCCAGUUGUCUGAUCUAAGUAGAUCGUACUGUUAACAGUCUCUCUCAGGGUUCUGGGAAUAUUCCUAAUAACAAAGAAAGUCCCUCUAACAUUUUCUUCCUCUUCGAAAGACAUGAAGCUUUUAGAGUUGCAGCGACCCUUUACUGUAUAUACACCCUUAUUGAACCAGUUAUGAAUGAUAAGUCGUGAGUUAUUGAACUAAUGGUUAAACCAUAGUGGUUAAAGCGCUGAUGUUUUUUCACUGUUAUGUUAUCUGUGUUUAGUAAGAUAUAUUUUUCUCCAUUUGGUUCAUUGAUGUUCAUUUUCAGUCUUGACAUUCUAUGAAAUAUUGAAAGAGUAUUCAUCGAAGUUCUAAGACCAGUCGCGGUACCGUCUAAGAACAGCUUAGUGUAGUCCACAUAUUGCCCAAGUUUAUGGUCUUUGUCAUUAAGUAUAUACUAUUCCUUUAAUACUACCAAAGGGUCUUCAGCCCUAGAAUUAAAUAUAACCUCCGAAAGAUGACAAUUUUGCGUUAGACAUGAAGAAACAUUGUCAGUGUGUCAUGUGUGGGCAAAAUUCUUCUUUUGUAUCUUAUUUUCGACCAAUAUGUAAUACAAGAUCCUGUUAGUCGCCUCUUACGACAAGCAUAGUCGCCUUUUACGGCAAGCAUGGAUUGCUGAAGACCUAUUCUACCCCGGAUCUUCACGGGACCCUCUAUAUGUGCUCACCCGGUCCCUUAUUGUUCUAUCUCCGUGGAAUUCCAGGUAAGAAUAUAGGCCCCCAACAACCAACGCUAGUCAUAAGAGGCAACUAAAUGGAUCGGGUGGUCAGGCUCGGUGAUUUAGUGGAUAGCUUGGCAUCGGAUCCUAAUUGCGUGGAUCGGUGCUAGGGAAGUCAAUGACAGGAUUGUCUUGUCCAGGCAAGAUUAUUUCCUAAGGUCGUCAUACAUCUGGAAACAUUGCUGAGUGUGGCGUUAAGAUACUAAUAAAAAAAUCCAAGUUGAGGCGAAAGUUAGGCUAAUUAGAAACGACUUUUGAAAAUGACACUGCAUAGAAAUGUUUCAUGAUUCAGCUGGUUUUGAAGUGAAAUUAAAAAACGCUUAUGCCCGAUUACACAUGUUUAAUGGUGAUGCCGUAUAUCGUACAGAGGAUACUGGAAAAAUGAGAGCACUCCUGCAACGCUAACAUUCCCAACUCGAAUUCCUAUGGCUGGGAUGGCUGUAAAUGACAUGCAUUAUCUCCCUUCUGUUGCCUGGUGUACCAAUGUGAUUUGAAAGUUGUGAUUAGUUGCAAGUUGCUGUUUAGUCAGCAAAUCAAGGUUCCAGCUGUAAUUUACCGGAUCAUCUUUUUCAAAUAUGACAGGCCAAUAAUUAGUAAAAUGUGAAUAGCCAUUGGUAUGAGGGUGUCAUGAUGAUGUAGUUGCUAGAACUUCUGUAUGUGUUAACAUCAGUAUGUGUUCAGAAGUCACUAUCAAUUGAUGAUCCCGGUGUUCGAGGAAAGGAGAGCAUCUACCAUCACAAACACAUGCAAAGGCAAGUCAAAUGUUCACCUGUUCACAGGGAACAUACGGAACAGGUCAAAAUAUUGGAUUGCUUCAGAGUAAAAUGUUUUCAUUGACGCGUCAAAUUUCAAAAUGCCCUUCAUAAAACCAUAAACAUUUUGAAAGCUUUGCAAAACGAAUGUUUCUAUAACGUUAUUUUUUACUUAUACUCCUCACAAAAGGUUAAGCAACAAAUCUAUUAUGUGUCAGUCCAUAUAUUCCGAUACCUAAAACUGACUAAAGCAAUACAAAGAAAGAGCACAAACACACAUUGUCCUCAAAGGGAACUGAAAAGCGUUUAUGCCUAACAGGUUUACAAAUGAUCAAAAACAGUAUCAUGAAAACAGUCGUGCAAAAUGUGCUGCACUGAAAGAUUAAAAUCUUUAAAUUUGAGUUUAAGUCCUUUUGAAACAAUGAUCAAAUGUUCAGUCACGUGUAUGUCCACCAUUGGCUUGAAUGCAAGCUUCUACACGUCUUGGCAUUGACCAGAUAAGCCUAUCAAGUGUCUGUUGUGGAAUGUUCUGCCAUUCUCUCCUUAAGGCCUGUUAAAGUUGAUCCAGAUUGUGAGGACGAACAUGAAGACCAUAAACAGGCCUUCCAAGAAUGCCCUGUUCAAUGGGAUUAAGAUCCGGAGACCUUGCAGGCCAGUCCAUAUGCGUGAUGUUGUUGGUCUGAAGAAGAUCAGAGACAACUCUUGCUCGAUGUGGACGAGCAUUAUCAUCCAUAAAGAUGAAGUUAGGACCUGCGUGUUGUGCCAGGGAAUGAUCACAGGUGUGACAAUCUCGUCCCUGUACCGUACUCCAGUCAUGGUACCACGUCUGAUGACCACAAGAUCAGUUCUGUGUCCAACCCUGAUGCCAGCCCAUAUCAUCAAACUUCCACCUACGUACUGGUCGUGUUCAGCAAUUGUACAGUUGGCGUAUCGUUCAUUACGGUUUCUCCACACACGUGCCCUACCAUCGUUGAAGUCAAUGCAGAAUCUUGACCCGUCUGUGAAGAGAACGUUACGCCAGCGAUUGACCCUCCAGUUACGGCGUUGAUUGGCCCAAGCAAGUCUCUGUUGUCGAUGGUGUGCAGGCAGUGGGGUACAUCGUACUGGUCGCCUGGACCUCAGGUCCUUAGCGUAAAGUCUGUUUCUUAGUGUUUGUGUUGUGACUCUGUUUCCUGCAACUCUCUGAAGGUCAUUCUGGAGAGAUCUGUCCGUAGUUAACCUGUUUCUCCGGGCUAGGGUGGUCCUCACGAGGAGUUGUCACCCUUGGACGACCUGUACGUGGUCUCUCUGUCAUCAGUCCAGUUUGAUGGUAUCGAGUUAUCGCUCUUGAGAUGACACUGCGGUGAACAUUAAAAUGAUUGGCAACAGCAGUUUGUGGUGAGACCCCCCUGUACCAUUCCAACAAUCUGAGCAACCUCAGUUUGCGUUAAGUGACGCCUAGCCAUGUCGAAAGUGUUAAUGUCGACAAAUUGCCCUUGCUGGGAGUUUUUAAGCAAUCAGGGUGCAUGGGUGAAGUGUGUAAAACAUGCAUGUCGUGCAUUUUGCAUGUGUGUUUUGAGGGUGGUUGUGUUCAGGCGAUGUUAUCAGUGUUAUCAGGAAAAUCUACAUGAAAAAGGCUUUAAGUCGAGUAUUCGUAGGUUAUUUUCCUGCCUGGAUUUGUUCUCAAUGGAUGUCAUUCAACACUGUUGUGAAUGUUGCACGGAAAAUAAUACUUGUUGUUUAACUUUUAGUGAGGAGUAUAUAAUCAACAAGAUCUUUGGACUUGUACCCAACGGACAAAAUGGAAGAUAUGGCAUAUCAAUUUCAGGUUCAUCUUUAUCGGUAUAUACGCGAUAGUGUCACUAUAUGUUCUGGUCCAUCACUUGGCUGGUCUGGUUUGUUUGCCGGUCACCGUACCAGGGCAGGAGUACUGCUGUUUGUGUGAGUGUGAUGCAAAUUGUGUGAGUGGCGGGUAUUAUCGGUAUGGCGGGCCAUGCUUACCUUUUUUCGCAAAUACCUAGUUCAGUGACCUGUUAAGUGAGUUUUCUUUAUCUGUAUAAGAUAGUACUAAACACAAAACCUAACUAUAUAUAUAAACUAAGUAAUUUAAACCCCUUUGUACAGUAAUGGAAAGUAAAUGUAUGUCUGUAUGUGGCGAAACCGCAUUAUCGGUGGUUCGAGAAGGGAGCUAACUCCGUUUGCCUAAUCAAAAGUUCGAGGUGGGCCCACAUUCGAAACUAAACGCACUUGUUGUUGAGAAUAUAUACUACGUAAACAAACCCGCAUAACAAACUCAUAAUUUGUCUAUUAAAAAUAAGUAUUAUGACUUAUAAUUGGAUUAAUAUGUACAAAUAAGAUGGCAAUACAGCAGAACUCACUUCUACGAACAUCGCCAAACUAGGUCGUGGGGUCAUUAAUAUUCAUGAGUUAUUCCUUUUAUGGAACAAGUUCUCGGAAACGUUUGAGGCUUGUAUCAUGUCCGAGAUCAAUUCAAGUGUAGACAUAUUUUCAGGCUUAUAUCGCCACCAACACUUAUGAUUAGAUUGAUGUGUUAUGUUGGAAAAAGUAGAAUGAGUGGUAUUGCCUCUGUAAAUUUAAUUUGAAGUUGAUUUAGUUCUUGCUUGGUAGCUAUUUUUAUAAACUUAGUGUGGUCAGCUAUGAUGCAGUUAUUCAAACUUCAAAGACUUUUGUGCCUUUCAUGGAAUUAUUGUCACACGAAAUGAUUUAUAAAGAUAUUUCCCAUCAAUUUUACAAAAUAUGAAUAAUACAUAAUGUCACAUAAUGACAAACGUGAGCCCACUAGCCUAAAUGACUUCGUCAACCUACUGAAACCCAGCGAUUUAAAAAUGUGGGCCCACCUGUUUCGAUCACUAUAAGACGGGAACAAUGUGGGCCCACAUUUUAGAAAAUGGUUAUAAGUAAGCCAAGCUAAUGAAGCUAGCGAUUUUUAAAUAUGGUCCCUCCUUUUGCAAUCACUAUGACGGAAGAACGUCUACCCACUAGGCGAUAUACAAAUGUGGGCCCACUUGUUUCGAUCACCAUAUAUGACGGGAACAAUGUGGACCCACAUUUGAGAAAAUGAUUAUCAAUAUUUAAGGAGAAUUUCGCGAUUAAUAAAUGUGAUCCCUCCUGUUGCAAUCAAUAUGACGGAAGAACGUCUGCCCACAUUUAGGGAUUGAUUAUCAGAACUAACGAAACAACCUAACGAAUCUAGGCGAAAUACAAAUGUGGGCCCACUUGUUUCGAUCACCACAGAUGACGGGAAAGAUGUGGGCCCACAUUUUACAAAAUGGUUAUCACCACUAAACCAAUCUUAGAAGAUGUACGGAUGGAAACAUAAAUUUAUAAUGCAUUCAAACAUUUAAUUACGCAUACGUUUUACCUUAGGGAUAAGCUGGGCAUUUAAUAGCUGGACCAACAACGAACAGCAUGGGUGACGCCAUUACUCGCAAAUACGAAAACAACGGACUUAGCUCCCGUUUGAAAUAAGGGUGACCCCCCUUUCCCAAUAUGAACCACUGAUAAUGCGGUUUCGCCCUGUAUGUUUGAUAUAUGUUGGUAAGUGCAGAUGUAUGAGUGUUGUAUGUCUGAUAUGAGUGGCUGUUGUACGAUAUAUUUUUAUACCUUAUUUUACUAUAAGAUUUCAUUUGUAUAUAAUAUUCUACAUAUGUUUUUCCUUAUUAUGCAGAUUUGUCAGUGGCAACGUUCACCAUGCAAUCAUUGUUACCGGUAUUACCAGUACAGGUUUCACCUAUCUGGUAUGUAAUGUUAUCUUAGAUAUUGUAUAAGUAUUCUAUCUUUCAUGAUUUGUAAUUCUUACCAAAAUUACAUACAGUAUGUUCGUUAUCACUUUAUUAUCAGAUUGAUAUAUUUUGUAUCUGUGUAUUGAUACAUUGGUGUAUUGUACGGUACGUCUGAUGUAUUGUGUAAAGUAAAGUAAGCUCUAUUUUAUUUAAAGAAAGUGAUAUCUCUAUUUUAGAAAUUUAAAGAGUAACUAUAACAUAUUGUAUAUAUUUAUUAGAUUCCAUGUUAUAUUUGCUUAUGUUGUACUUUCAUUGUUUCAGGCUGAAUUAAGUACGUACGUACAUUCGUACCUACCAAUACAAUAAACGUCAUCAGCCUAACCCCCCACAGCCGUUUGUGAUUAUUUGGCCAGUAGAUCGCCUACUCUACUGUCGGCCAAGACAACCACGGUUAAAAUUACUUCCUUGUUAGAAUGGGUUGGCCAUCACCAGAUAGUGACACACAUGUAUUUCACCAAAAAUAGUUGUUUAUCAUGACGUAAAUGAAUGAGUGAGUAUUGUUUUAAGUCGCUUUUAGCAAUA